AUGAAGCCUCUCACAUUGUCACGACUCUUGCUCCCAUACGUCGGGGCUGAAACUCCAACAGCUACUCUCGACUCAGGUCCAAUCUUUGGCCUCACCACAACUCUUCCAGCUGCCUCGCCCGUGAACAAGUUUCUGGGUAUUCCAUAUGCCGCCAAACCGCAGCGAUUCAGCCGUGCAGUGAACCCUGAGCCAUGGACGAAGCCAUUGAAUGCGACCAGGUUUGGUCCUUCAUGCAGACAACUAUUUGUUCAGAGUGAACUCACCCCUGAAAUUGAUCUACUCAAGGGACUAUUCAAUACAGCAUCUCGUGAAAGUGAAGACUGUCUCUUCAUCAAUGCUUUCGCUCCAGCAGAUGCUCACUCAAAGGCUGUGCUCUUGUUCAUCAGCGGCGGUGGAUGGCAGCAGGGAAAUGGAGAAAUUGAUCUCAGUGGUUUCGCAGCGUAUGAGGAUAUCAUCGUCUUUACUUUCAACUACAGAACAAAUGUCUUUGGGUUCCCAAACUCUCCAGACAUACCAGUUUCGGAGAUCAACCUCGGCAUCUAUGAUCAACAACUCGCCAUCGAAUGGGUCCAACGGAAUGCUCGCGCCUUUGGUGGAGAUCCAGACAAAGUCACUAUCUGGGGUGAAUCUGCCGGCGCCAUGUCUGUUGAUAUCCAUGUCAACAGAAACACGUCUGCAUUCCGUGCUGCAAUGAUGUUUUCUGGUCAAAUGUCUGUUGGGUACCUCGGAAGCACUGCCAGUCACCACGAUACUUCGUACUGGGAUAAUCUGACAACUGUAGUUGGCUGUCAAGCGGAUCAGUUGCAGUGUAUGAGAUAUGUACCAGCAGACGAUCUCAUCAACGCCAUGAGUACAGCGGGAAGCGCGUUUCUCCCAGUCACUGACAAUGUCACAAUUCUGAGUGGCAGAGCUGAGAGAUGGCGUCACGGAGAUGUUGCACGAGUGCCUGUGCUCAUGGGGACUAUCGCUGAAGAAGGGCGAGGACUGAUCAACAGGAACAUCUCACUCGAGACAUUCUUCGGGGCCUAUCUCUCUGAACCUCUGGUCAAAAAAACCCAGCGGAGGCAAAUUCUCGAUGCUUACCACAAUCUCAAGACCGACUUUGAUACUGCUGCAGCAAUCUAUACAGACUUUGUCUGGCAAUCUAUUCUUGCCAACAUAUCAUCCUCUGUCAGUCCAACAUGGCGAUUCUACUUCAAUGCCUCGGUCACAAGUCUUUUAGACGACAAAUACUCCUGGCUGGGCAAGUUUCACGGCUCAGAUGUCCUCCUGCUGUUCAAUUCACCAACCUUUGACGCAAUGUCACCACAACUCUACACAUUUGCGGAGUAUCUUCGAGGAGUUGUGGGGAGAUUUGUCAGGAACCCGCAAGCUGGACCAGGUUGGCCUGUUGGAUCGAGAUAUGUUGCAAACCUGGGAGACGUCGGAGGGACCCAAACGUCAGGACCUUCAAUCAUCGAGCAAACAGUGUUGGAUCAGAGAUGCAGCCUGUACGAGUCGAUUUAUCCUCUCAUCGAAGAGUAUGUAUUGUCAGUUUAA